AUGCUUUCCGGUCGGCUUGCGAGCCGUGCAUUAUUUUUAUUGUACAUCAAAGCUUUCUUAAUAUUUUUUGAGGAGGAACAUGCUUCUAUUCAAUCCUCUAAUAAAUUAUUUUGGUUUCUUCAACUAUCUAUCUAUCUAUCUAUCUAUCUAUCUAUCUAUCUCGGUUUUUUUCAUAUCUAUCUAUCUAUCUAUCUCGGUCUUUUCAUAUCUAUCUAUCUAUCUAUCUAUCUCAUUCUGUUUCUAUCUAUCUAUCUAUUUAUCUAUCUCGGUCUUUUCAUAUUUAUCUAUCUAUUUAUCUAUCUAUCUAUUACUCUAUAUCUAUUAAUUUCAUUCUUUCUUUCUUUUUAUAUUUAUCUGUCUAUCUAUCUACAAUCUAUUAGUCUGUUCAUAUUUAUCUUUAUUCAUUUCUUACUCCCUUUCUAUCUAUCUAUCUAUCUAUCUAUCUAUCUAUCUAUCUAUCUAUCUGUAUCAAUUUCCUUCUCUCUUUCUUUCUAUCUACCUAUUUAG